GUUUGAUUUUAUUGGAACCUUCCUAUUGUUGUACUCCCAAUAGUUUGCAAAUGUAAAAAUUAAUCCAAAUAAAAUACAACCUAGGAAAAGAAAAGAAAUGCUUUAUUUUCCCGACUUAACCUAAUUGCGGGGAAAAAAACACAACACUUCUUAUUUUUUCUGUGCGAAUAAAUCCAGAUAUCCAGAUUGUGUUAAUCUGUAAUCCUCUGUAAAUUGUGAUGAUUUUUUUUUAAAAGCAGUUUUUUGCAGAAAAGUUGCUACUGAGUUAGCUGAUAUUAAGACUUUUCAAUAGGAGAAAAACUGAUCACUUUGCACACUCAAAACUCUCUCGCACAAAAAUAUAAUACUGUAAUGCGUUAAUCCAAUGGUGUAGAAACAUCCGUAGCAGUAAUUAUUUUUCCAUAAGAAAUACUAUAAUAAUAUAGAUCUAGGAAAGAAAAAAAAACUCUGGAAAAAAAGCUAUCCCUUUUACACACAUAUACAGCUAUACUGAAUGGCGAGCUUCCGAUCUGCCGAUAAAUAGUUGUAAGAGUUACUAGAUUCAGAAACGGCUAUAUGUGAAAAAGUCACAUUUAAACCUGGUGAAACUGGAAUAACAGGUAGUAAUCUCCUCAUAUAUGAUAGUAAAGUAAAGAUAACAGUUGCAGAUAGCGGAACACUUCAUGCAGUCAGAGAGUGUGGUGUAUAUAUACAUAGAUAUAUUGGGACCAGAGAUAUUGGUCAGCUUCACCUGUGAAUGGAUUUAUGAUACUAAACAGACUAGGCCUGAACAAUCUGAUUGAACCGAUAACCAAAGACCUGGAGUUCCAACAACAAGACCCUUUCCUUCUAUACAGGAAUGCUAAAAGUAUCUAUGGUGUUUGGUUUUAUGAUAAGGAUGAAUGUAAAAGAUUGGGACAAAAACUAAACAAUUAUGUACAGGAUAUAAUAGCUGAUCAGCAGAAGAAAGAAGCUCCAGCAGUUGGUGGAGUGGGCGGAGCUACAGCAGGACACGUCGUCGGAAGUAUGGCUGGCAUGAUGCCAGUUUCUCAAGUUGACAUCAUGCAAAUGCUGUCAAAGGCACAGAAAGAAUAUGACACAGGGUCUAAGAAGACUGAGCCAAAACCCAUGAUUGAUAAUCCGAAUGCGUCUGCUACAAAAUCCACUAACCUUAUUAGACCGCAGCCACUGAAAAUGCCAGACUCUGAGGCUACUGAAAUCUCGGAAGAUGCUGUUGGAAGUGUGACGCCUGGUACCGGUAUCAUAACUUUGGAUGCUUUGUUUCGCACUGCUAGUUUACAGCAGGGAACCAGUACCCAGAAAACACCGUCAGCAAGUCAAGCACAAAUGGAAAGCUAUUUCCAGACAAGUAGCCUUGAACAAAAAGUGAGGUCCGCAACAGCUCCCAGCAGGCAGAUUUCUGUCGACAGAAACAAAAGUGAGAGCGACGAUCUGCCGCCACUUCUGAAACACAUCAUGUCGACAGGCUCGAUGGUUGAGGACAUUGAACGUCAGCAAAUUCCUGGUGGCGACGGACCUGGCGAUGAUGCAGGGAUUAAACUCGCCCAACUUACUCCAGGAAUUCCCGAUUUAACGCAACCCCCUCCGAAUCAUCCGGCAUACAGAGGUCCGUCUCCUCAAGCUAGAAAAUCUCCCAUGGACAUGUAUAGUGGCGGAGGAGGAAGACCUAAAAGUGCUUCUUACGCUGAAACAGUUUUACAAAGUGAAAAAGGACAAGUUCCUCAGAUAUUGUCUGGGAAUAUAUUACCUAUGUUUAGUGGUUCUGUACCGUCUAGUCAGUCAAUGAAUGCUCAAUCCAUGCCCUCAUCAAAGAAACUUUCUCCCGAAACAAUGUUUCGGAGUAGGAAGUCACCAAAGGACGAUAUUGAGUUGGUACCAAGACAAAAAGUGGACCCAUCUUCAGUAUUAAAAUCAGCGCCGUUAUUGACCCCAGCAGAUCUUUUACAAUCAUCAUCAUUGUUAAUAUCAUCAUCAAUUUCAUCAUCAGCAACAGUCACAACAACAACAACAUCUUCAUCAUCUCUUGUAAUGGACAAGCCAAUGAAUCCAAACUUUGCUGCUGCUGCGGCCUCACUUACAACAGAAUUACUAUCACCUAUGGCUUUCCUAACAUCAUCAGUGCGGAAAACUCCACCUGCUACCAGUGUUUCAGAAAGAUCAUCAUUUGAGGAGAAAGUUGACCACAGCAAGGAUUCAGACAUGUUACCUGUAGCUGCAUUAACAAAGGAGCAGUUACAACAAGCUCUCUUGUAUUUAUUAAAGAACGACAGCAGUUUUAUCAGUACUAUUCACGAAGCUUACCUUAAAAGUCUACAAGAACUCUCGGGACAAAAAUCAUAGCAGUAGAACAUGGACACCACCACUACAACGUCUUGUGAUCCAAAGAAAAUGACAAUCUUGUACCCGCUGGAGAAAAUACCCGCUGGCUACCAAUGCAUAUUUUAGAAAAAAUCAAUUUGUUGUGUGAAAACUUGUGGUCAUUUAUUGCCAAAGUGUUUGCACAUUUAUCAUACCAAUCUGCAUGACUUAUCUUUAACAUCCCUGCACUUUUUGAAGAGUUACUUCCCUUACAAUUUAUGAAUUAUCUGGACUUCUAGGAUGGAUGAAUAUGAUUCUUUGUUAUAUAUUUACUUUUUGAGGAUUUGUGUUCUGUUAAACCUUACAGAGUGAUUUCCUGUUUAUAUACACAAACUAAUUUUUGUGUUAAAACUUACAGAGUGAUAUCCCCUGAAUACAUACUACUUAAAGUUACCUCCCUUUUCAUGGACAUGUCUGCUCAACAGAGUUAUCUACCUUAUCAAUACAGACUGAUCUCUACAUUACAAAGUGAUCUCCCCUUUUAUUGGAGAUAUUAAGCCUUUAAGGCAAAUUCAUUAGAGUUACUGUCCUUAGUAUGAAAUGAACUUUGACCUUUACAUACUAAGGCAACCUAGUCUCAUUGGGCAAAGAAGAGUUAUGUUCCUUGAACUAUAAAUGUUUUAAAGCAUGAUAUAGUGCUUCAGAUUUGUGACAAUUGUGUUCAAUUUGUUAUAUAUUUAUCAUUUGUGUUCUAGAUAUAGUAUUAUGUAGUAAGUCCUAUGUAUUUUUACAUGCCUCCUGGUAUUUGUAAAGUGCCAUUUUGUACAUUUUUUUUUAGUAAUAAUUGUAUUUUAUUGUUGAUGUUUUUUAUUAUCUUAAGCUAUAAGUAUGGCCUCAUGUUUGGUUUGCCAAAGUUAGAUAAAUAUUGAUGAACAGUUCAAUAGAUGUUUAUGUUAUGUGGCUCUUUUUAGCUCAUCUGUUUGAAAAAAAUAAAAAGUCGAGCGAUUAUGAUCGAUUGCGGUGGUGGAGGUGUUAUCGUGCAAAAAAACUUUAAUGUAGCCCAGUACUCAAACAUUGGGUGCCUACAUGAAACUUGGAUUACUUGCUUAUCAUGACAAGGUGCAGAUGUGAGGUAAGGGGCAUAAUUCUGAAAGUGAUAGAUUUCUUAGUUAUCCCCCUUUUUAAUUUAGAUUUUUUUUGUCAAAAGUGGUAACAACAGCAUGCAGUUCUAUUGUGUUUCCUUUAAUAUUGUCAGUUUUAGUGAAAACCCCACAGUGUGUUUGUAUAUGAUAAAAAAAGAAAUGUGCCAAGUUCAAAAAAAAUGUGCUGGUCUGAUCUAUUCCCAGUAUAAAGUGUGACCAAAAAUUUUAUUGCAAACCCUAAUGAUAGAAUUUUUAUAGUGGAAGAAAUAAGAAGCCACUGAUAAAAAAAGAUUAUCUUGGAAACUUCACACAUGUUCGUUCAGUGUAAUAGCUUUAGGUAAAUGACCAAGACCCAUAACUCUAGCAUUGAUUUCCAGUGAAUUAUUCCCCUUUGCGAACUUUAAAAUUCCUUCUAUUUUUCAGGCUCUUGUUUUAAUACUGGGCUCGAAGUAAAGUUAUGUGACCAUCUGCAAUAAAAUAUGAAAACUUUUUUACCCAAACAUUUAUGAUCAUUUAUACCUAUCAGGAAUAAAAUUUACUCUUAAGACUUCUGUCCCAAUUUUAAGACUUGGUCAAAAAAAAUAUGAAUUCUAUGUUGUUAUUAAAUCAGUCAGUCAGACCAAGGUCAUUUUUUUGUCGCCUUGGUACAGUUACCGGGUAACUUCUAUACAAUUUUAAUAGGAGUUAUCCCAUAAGUGCACUAAGGUUUAAGCUUUUAGUUUAUAUGGGCUUUUAAUACAGGUGUCGCGGCAUUGUGGAGUUCUUAACGCGUCAGACUAGUAAUCUAAUGAUUGCUAGCUGCAUGGGUUCGAACCAUGUCAGGAGCAAGCCGUUGUUUCCUUGAGCAAGAAACUUUAUACUCAUUGCUUGUACUGUUUGGUUCCAGGAACGGAUUCGAAAGUGUGUCUAUAAGCUUAUAGCUUCCUACACAAUCUAAAAUAAAUUCUGUAUAAAACAAAACAGAUGUCAGUAAGCAAUCAAGGUUCACACAAAAAUGUGUUUCUAUUUAAUAUUGAUGCUUUAUUUUGUGAUAUGUAAAUUAGCAUUGAAUUAGUAAAUUUUGUGUAAAUAAUUCAGAACAUUUAGUUAAUUGUAUGCUCAUUAAAUAACAUGAAGUUGUUGUUGUUGUUGUUGUUGUUGUUUUUGGUAACUUGUCAUGACUUAUCAUAAAAUAUCUUUAUUCAUCUUGUGUAAAGGGAAGUAAUUGAAGAUGAUUUCAAUGUGAAUUUUCUCGACAUUGUUACUUCUUAGAUUAUUAAGUGUCCACAUGAUUUUAUCAAAUGCAUUAUGAAAUACAAAGUGUUUUAUUUAUUGUUGUUUUAUAUUAUUCUUUUUUUUAUGAUAUCACAAAGUUUGUGUAUUUUUAUCAACCCUCAUUUAUGAUUGAUAUGAUGAUAAGUUUAUGAUGAUUCAUGAUGUUAUGAUCUUAUAUUUAUGAUGGUUCAUGAUCUUAAUUGAUGAUGAUUUAUGAUCUUAUAUUUAUGAUGGUUCAUGAUUGUAUAGUUAUCAUAUUUAUGAUGGUUCAUGAUCUUAAUUGAUGAUGAUUUAUGAUCUUAUAUUUAUGAUGAUUCAUGAUGUUGUUUUUAUGAUGAUUCAUGAUCUUAUAUUUAUAAUGAUUCAUUUUCUUAUAUUUAUGAUGGUUUAUGACAUUGUAUUUAUGAUGAUUUGUUGCAUUAUUAUAUUCAUAAUGAUUCAUGGCAUUAUUUUCAUGAUGAUUCAUAACCUUAUAUUUAUGUACAAAAUUAUUUAGUCUUGCUUUUGUAUUUGUUAUUAUGAUGAUAUCUGGUCCUGAAACUUCAAUGUUGGAAGCUUGUUGUUCAGGUUAAGGUUGUUUAAAGUAUCUUUUGAUUUUUUCAGAUUUGUGUAAGAGAUGUUUAGUCUAUUGACUUAAUAUGAGAAACUAUGAGUAUGAUUUUGCCAUGAAUUGAACAAUGAGUAUGAUUUUGCCAUGAAUAAGACUUGAAAUUGGAAAAUAUGAGUAUGAGUUUGCCAUGAAAAAGACUUGAAAUGGGAAACUAAGAAUAUGAUUUUGCCAUAAAUAAGGCUUCAAAUUGGAAAUUAUGAGCAUGAUUUUGCCAUGAGUUAAGCUUGAUGGGAUAUGCUGAGUAUUUUUUUUUUCAUGUCGAUUAAAACUUGAAAUGUGAAACUUUGAGUAAGAUUUUUGCCAUGAAUUAGGCUUGAUGGUAAAUGUUGAGUAUGACUUUGUCAUGAAAUAGACAUGAAAUGGGAAACUAUUUGUAUGAUUUUGCCACGAAAAAGACUUGAAAUGGGAAACUAUGAGUGUGGUCUUGCCAUGAUAACAAGAAUAGAACUAUUUCCCUGUUAUUGAUAAUGGAAUAUUCCAGUCUAUUGAACUGACAUUGAUUUAAGUAUAUUCAGGUAUUUUAUCCUGACAUACCUGCAGCAAUAUUCAAGUCAUAUAUCAUUAGAUGAAGUAUUCCAGGGUAUAUUACCCGGACAUCCAUACAAAGAUAUGUAAGUCUACAGCCCAGAAAUAAGAUGAUGUAUUGCCUGGUAUAUGACAUUAAAUGAAGUAUUCAAGGGUAUAUUACCCGGACAUUCAUUAAGGGACAUUCUAGUCUCUUAAACUGACAUUUAUUGAAGAAUAUCCAGGUACAUCACCCUGACAUUCAUGAAGGGAUAUUCAAGUCUACUGAUCUACUAUAAAAGAAUUUUAUCCUGAUAUUCUAUAUUGACAUUGAUAAAGGGAUAUGAAUGUCAAUUAUACAGAUGAAAAGGGAUACAUUUGUAUAUGCUUAUAAGAAGAGACAAGUGACAUUGAUGAUAUUUGUCCUGACAUUAAAUGAAGGACAUUCUUACAUUAAAUAAAGAACAUUCUUACAACAAAAGAGGUAUACAUAGGUAUAUAACCUUAACACUGAUAUAAAAAAAAAUCUUCAAGAUUUGAAAAAGGGAUAUAUGCUUAUAAAAAAGAGACAAUUUGUGAAAUCUUUUGUGCAUUUAUAUCAUUGACAAAAGUAUUUGACUGUUUCGUGCCAGAAAUGGUGCUUUUAAAGAUGGAGGAAAUUAAAUUGAUAUGAUGUUCAUUGGUGCUUUGUAUGGUUGUGCUACAAGCUAUAUCCUUGUUUAUUGUGAAAAUUUGUUUAAUAAGGUGAUAUUUAUUGAAAUUAUGUUGCAUUAUGGUAUGCAGCCAAAUUGUACUUUAUCUAACUGAGUACUGAAAAAUGGCAAGAUGUAUGGAAGGUAACAAAGAAGUUGAAAAAUGGAGAUAGUGAGUUUAGGUGCCGUAAAGUUUUAUUUGUUUGGUCUUAAUUUGGAGGUGGUCUCAAAGUAAGGUUUGACAUGAAAUUUAUCAUUAUCCUUACCUUGGGAUGAUUUUGAUACAGAUGAUCAGCAAGAAAUACACAGAUGUGUCAGAUUAGUUUUUGAAUGUGUAUUUGAAUAACGUGAUGAAUAAACUUAACCCUUAACCUGCUGGAAUCAAAAGUGAUUAGCCUUUGCCACCAGUAUAGAGCCAGGCCAGCCUGAACUUCCGUAUAGUCUGAUCAGGCUCUAUACUGUUGGUAGCUCAAUCUUUAUAUUUUGAUGUUGAAAUCCCUUUAAGCUUUAAUUGGACUGUUCCAAAUUGAAAGCUGGGCAAAUCCAUUAUAUAAAUUCAGGAGGUUAAGGGGUUGAAUAUUAUGUUUGUACGUCUGCUAUGUGAUGUUGUGUUUUUAAUAAUGAGAUUGUUU